CUACACACCAUCACACACUGAGAGAAGCAGAAACCAAAAAUAAAUAAAAUUCUAGCACCCACCCUUCACAGCAAUGGCGGCGAAAACCGAGUCCGUACAGUGCUUUGGCAGGAAGAAGACGGCGGUGGCCGUGACCCACUGCAAGCGGGGACGCGGAUUGAUCAAGAUCAACGGAGUCCCAAUCGAGCUAGUCCAGCCGGAGAUCCUGCGUUACAAGGCGUUCGAGCCUAUCCUCCUCCUAGGUCGCCACCGGUUUGCCGGAGUGGACAUGCGCAUCCGCGUCAAGGGCGGAGGUCACACCUCCCAGAUCUACGCCAUCCGCCAGUCAAUUGCCAAAGCCCUAGUUGCAUUUUACCAGAAAUACGUAGACGAACAGUCAAAGAAGGAGAUUAAGGACAUCCUUGUUAGAUACGACCGGACUCUUCUUGUGGCUGAUCCCCGUCGCUGUGAGCCAAAGAAGUUUGGUGGUCGUGGAGCUCGUGCUAGGUUCCAGAAAUCUUACCGUUGAAAUCCCGGUAGCUCUGAUUUUUUCAUUACAGUCUUUAUGUUUACUGUUCGUAGUAUGCGUUUGGGAUUUUGGAUUUAAACUAAGUUUUGAUUGAACGUGCUGUUCUAUUAAAAAUUUAAAAUUCGGAUAAUGAUUAUAAUCUGUUCUCUCAGGGUUUCGAUGCAAUUUUAUCUAUAAAUUGUUACAUUCCAGUUAUCAAUGAAAUAUUUUUUUA